AUGCCUUGCAAAACUGAGGAAAUCAAGGACAAUCGGCUCACAGCUGGGCGAAAGGACGCCAAAUCUGUCGAGAUCAAGAAAAACAAGGAUAAUGUGAAGUUUCCACUUCGAUGCAGCGGAUACCUUUACACCUUGGUCAUCACGGACAACAAGAAGGCAGAAAAGCCGAAGCAGACUCGGCCCCCAGGUUCAGCAGUGAAGGAGUAG